CUGCGGGCGACCAAUUGCGUCAAGGGUCCAAUCAUUCUGCACAGAACUUUUGCUCGUCGGCUUGCGGCCUCUAUCCGCCUUCAAGUUCGCAAACGUUUGCCCAACAAAGAAGCGGCGACGAGGAGAGCGCGAGGUUGUGGGUCCGGCCUGAAAAAAAAAAGGUUAACUAGCGGAGGAGGCAUCCCACCGGAUCGGAAGCCCGCGAGUCGAAGAUGGAGCGACGAUAUUCCUUCUCCCCGGCGACCAGGCGGUGUCCAGCGAACCACACGGUACCGGCGUUUCCGAAAGCGGGCCGCCAAGCCGACCGUUCAAGUUCCGGGGAUGACCACCACGGGGCCCCGAGAUCUGCGGAGUCGGCCGCCUGUUUCUCGGCCUCGUGCUUUACGGUGAUAGAUGUCGUUAUUUUUUGUUCUCCGUAUACUCGCAACCUUUCCUUUGCGUUGUUACGGCAGCGAGGGGACCAAGAGCCCGUAGAAGCGGUGAGAAUGGCUUCAGAAGCCAGUCCCCUGCUGGCUCGUUCGCCGAGGCCGUUUGCGACUGCCCACAAUGCUCCAUCAAACCCGGACCCCCCUCCCGCGAGCACUCCACAACGGGACCCAACCGCACCGCAGAGGAAAAGUCGGCUGCAUCCUUGCGGCGUGGUCCGAGACUUUUGAGUGCGUUG